AUGGCGAAGAAAUCCAGCGCAAAGACCAAGAAGUCCACCAAGAAGACGAGUGGGGCACAAAAGAGAGUGCGUGGCAAGGGCGGCCGUGCCAAGCAUGCCUUCAUGUGUUUCUCCAAGGAGAAGCGGAAGGAUGUCCUGGCGGAGGUUGGCCUGAAGGACGCACCUGAGAACUUUGGUGCUGCUUCCAAGGCGCUCUCGUCCGCCUGGGCCAAGCUCAACGAGGCGCAGCGGAAACCCUUCGAGGCCUCGGCGCUGAUCGAUCGCUGUCGCAAGGAGAUCUCCGAGCUCCGUGGGGCUAAGUUGAAGGACGCCAAAGGUCUGGAUGAAAUGGCCAGCACGGUGAAGAAAGGCGUCCAGACGCUGGCGCAUCUCAGUGACACCUCCCUGGCGGCCGUCUUGCUGGAGGCUUUGGAAUCCCUGGAUGCUCGCCUUGGAAAUGCGGGGCGCGCCAGACUUUCGCAGACCUUCCGCGGAGGCGCCCGCGCGCCCGAAGUGCUGGCAGCCUGUGCGCAGCUGCGUUCUGCGCAGCUGGGAGGGCGCCUGGUGGCGUUGCUCAGGAAGUGGUCCUCCGUCCCGGCCUCCCAAGCGCGACCCACGCCAACGAGUCGACGGACGCAGAAAGUGUCCGUGCCCAGCAUCGAAGCACCUCCCGUGGUGAUGCCACGUGGUGAUACUGCACUGGAUGACAGCAUGCGAAGCAAGUUCGUCGGUAUUUUGAUGCGAACAGUGUCACAGACUGACAAAGCCUGCUUUGAUGCCUGUAGCAAGAUUGAGCGAGCGCUCUUUGAAAGGUGUGGCAAAGAUCCCAAAGAGUAUCGCCGAAGAGCACGCAGUUUGAGUCACAAUUUGGGUUCCAGCGAUGGACAACUCCUUCGACAGGUCUUGAGCGGCGAGCUCACCGCCGAGCGCCUGGUGGCGCUGGAGGGAGAUGAUCUGGCUCCGGAGGCGGUUAAGGAGGCUCGGAAGGAAGAAAGGGAGCGCUACUUCCGUUCAGAGGGGUGGCCCACCCAUCCGAGACCGAACUGGUGGAAGCGCUUGGUUGAAAUUCGUAUGACAGGCGCAAUGCAGGUCUUGUCAAAUUGCCUGACCGCUCUGGGUUUGGUGACGCAAAAAAUGGUGCACCUCCAAAAUGAGAAGAGCGGGAAGAAAUGGGCCAACUACUUUAGACAGCCCUGGUGGAUAGCGGGCAUGAGCUGUUUCCUGGUUGGGCAAGCUGCCAACAUUCCGGCUAUGGCCUUUGCUCCGCAGACCAUGCUCAGCUGUUUGGGUGGCCUUGCACUGGUCUUCAACUCGGUCUAUGCGCACCUCUUGCUGGGCGAAACGGUGAAGUGGAAAGAAGUCCUGGUGAUGUGCACCAUGGUGGUGGGAACUGUUCUGGUGGUCAGCGUGACCCCGGUUUCCAAUGAAAAGAAGGUCUAUGCCAAUCAGAUCUUCCACUCGAUUCUGAAGCCCUCCUUUCUCAUCACUGCUGGGGGUGUGGUAGUGGCAUUGAUCUGUUUGAGGGUCCUAUCGAAGUUUCGGCCCCAUCCGAUGAAGAUCAUCUUUUUGGGGCUCACCUGUGCUGCCACGGGCAGUUACUCCAUGACCUUCUUCAAGUGUGGAGCGGAGGUCGUUAGCUCCACCACCAGAUGGUGGCUGAAUGCGGAGCUGUAUGCGCUGGCCGUGGUUGCUUUGGGUAUUGUUGUCAUUCAGAUCAGCAGCAUGAAUCAGGGCCUGAGACAUGGAGACGUCGUCAUUGUCGUUCCCAUCUUUUUUGCGCUGGGCCUUCUCUUUAGCCUCAUCCAGGCCCAACUGGCCUUUGGUGAGUUGAACGACCUCAGAGGAAUCCACCACAUUGUGAUGUUCGUGACAGGGGUGCUGAUGGUGAUUGGCAGCACUUUUGCACUGCUGAUGCUUCACAGAGAGGAGGAAGAUUUUGAAACCCCAGUGGAUCCUGAGCAGGUGCCACUGCUCCAUCGGAAUUACAACAGCGAGCCAACCUUGAAGCGAGAUCACUGGAGCGUCACUGCUCUAAGCCCAUUAGGACUGCCGGGUGGAAGCGUUGAUAAUAUUCAUGAGCUGAGUCUCAUCUCUGUGACGGGCCCUAUGGGCGUGGCGUGA